AUAAUAUUGGUUAUUGGACAGGACUCGUGGGUGCGCAUUUGGAUUUUGCUCUUAGAUUUCACACUCUAAAAUAGUUUACUGUUCCAAACUUUUAUAUGGGUCGUCGCCGAAGUAGUAACAAGCCUCCACCAAAGCGGAAAGCUAUUGUCCCACUUGACAAAGUGUUUAAUUGUCCUUUCUGCAAUCAUGGUCGAUCUUGUGAAGUUAUCUUGCAACGGGAUAACAAUAUUGGUUACAUUAAGUGUACAAUAUGUUUAGAAGACUUCCAGACUAAAAUAAAUUAUCUUAGCCAAGAGAUUGAUGUCUACAAUGAUUGGAUCGAUGCUUGUGAAGAAGCAAAUGCCUAAUGCAGACACCUAAUAUUUAUAUGGGUUUAUUAUGCGCUGUACAGAAGACGACGGGCAUUUCACUGUACAACAGCAGGCAGUGCAAAAUAUGCUUUAGAUGACAAUCGACUUCUUUCAUGUUUCGUAAAUACGAUCAUCUCCUUGAUAUGUAAAAUGUAUAUGUUUGUUUUUUUGCUAGUAAAAUACAUGAAGUGUUUUCAAAGUUCAUAAA